AUGGCGAGCAUCAACUGGCAGUUUAGUGGUAGCGAAGAUGCCAAAGAUGCUUCAGCUGCCACGCUAGGCUCUUACACCUCUAGGAUCAUGGCUAAGUGCAACCCAACUCCUGAAAAACCCAUUUUGCCGCCUCUAGGUGAAGCCCCCGAGACUAGCCAUACCGCUGAGAAGGCCGUCGUGAAAGCUGUCCUUAUGGGUACUGGAAACGCCUAUGCUCCAAGUAUUGGCCUUCCCGCGGCUAAAAGUGCCGUGGCAGAGUAUCUAAGUCGAGAUCUUCCGACCAAACUGACAGCAGAUGACGUGUUUAUGACCGUUGGAUGCAAACAAGCCAUCGCGCUUUCAGUCUUUAUCACGGCUACACCAAACUCCAACAUCUUGCUUCCGAAGCCAGGCUUUCCAUGGGACAUGGUCCAAGCAAUCUACAAGAAUGUUGAGGUUCGUCAAUAUGAAUUCCUCCGGGACAAUGACUAUGAGAUCGACUUUGACAGCGUCCGUGACCUUGUGGACGAGAACACGAGUGCGAUACUCAUUAUCAACCCACACAAUCCUAAUGGAAACACGUACUCUGAAGCUCAUCUUAUGGAGCUGGCUGUGCUGGCUCGGGAGCUACAGAUAAUGGUUAUUUCUGACGAAGUUUUCAGAUGGACUGUGUUUGGGGAUAAUCCCCAUGUUCCCAUGGGAAAAUUCUCGUCGAUCGUACCUGUGAUUAGUCUCGGUUCUUUAUCUAAGGGAUGGAGUGUACCCGGAUGGCGAACCGGCUGGAUCGCCCUGCACGAUCUUGAUGGUGUCUUGAAAUCUACCAAGAUCACAACUGCUCUUAAGCAAUUUCUGGCGAUAGAUUCUAAACCACCAACUGUUAUCCAGGCAGCUGUUCCCACCAUCUUGAAAGACACUCCUAAGGAAUUCUUCGAAAGGAGGAAGACUUUUCUGAGAGAGAAAUCGGACAUUGCAUUUAAUAAGCUCAAACGCAUACCAGCCCUAACCUGCUACAAAAAAACUGAAGCUUGCACCUUCUUAUGGACGGAGCUGAACUUGUCAAUGUUUUCGGACAUCGACGAUGAUGAAGAAUUCUGUGAAAGGCUUGCGAGUGAAGAAAACCUCGUCCUUUUACCAGGGAUUGCAUUUGGUCAAAUGAACUGGUUUGAGCCUUUGAGGUACUCCAUCGACAUGGAGACUCCGAGACUGGAGGAUGCAUUUGAAAGAUUGAAGAGCUUCUGUAAACGUCAUUCCAUUAUAUAUAGUUGA